GCCGACAAAAGCCGUGGGAGCGGCGGGUGCGCGGCGCUGCUCCUCCCGACCCGCCCGGCCAGUUCUGCCGCCCGCUGCCUCCGCCAGACAUGACACAGGACUACGACAAUAAAAGACCUGUGUUGGUUCUUCAGAAUGAUUCUCUCUACUCUCAGAGACGUCCUUACACCAAUGAAGAUGAGGCCUGGAAAACCUUUCUUGAAAAUCCCCUUACAGCAGCUACGAAAGCUAUGAUGAGCAUCAAUGGGGAUGAAGACAGCGCAGCUGCCCUGGGACUGCUGUAUGAUUACUACAAGGUUCCAAGGGAGAGGAGAUCUUCAACAGCUAAACCAGAGGUAGAACAUCCUGAACAAGAUCAUAGCAAAAGGAACAGCAUCCCAAAUGUGACAGAACAGUCGCUCAUUUCUGCUGGAGAAAACAGAGUCCAGGUUCUGAAAAAUGUGCCUUUCAAUAUUGUCCUUCCACACAUGCCCCAGAUGGGCAUGGACAAGCGAGGCCACCUCACAACCCCUGACACAACAGUCACCGUUUCGAUUGCCACGAUGCCCACCCAUUCCAUCAAAACGGAGACGCAGCCCCAUGGCUUUGCCGUGGGCAUCCCACCGAGUGUCUACCACCCCGAGCCCCCUGAGCGAGUGGUGGUCUUCGACAGGAACCUCAAUCCUGACCAGUUCAGUUCCAACACCCAGCCCCAAAACUCCCAGAGGCGAACACCAGACUCCACCUUCUCGGAGACUUUCAAAGAGGGCGUGCAAGAGGUUUUCUUUCCUACUGAACUGAAUCUGCGAAUGGCCAACAUGAAUUCAGAAGAUUAUGUUUUUGACAGCAUUUCUGGGAAUAACUUUGAGUACACUCUGGAAGCCUCCAAGUCCCUCCGACAGAAGCCUGGGGACAGCACAAUGACUUACUUGAACAAAGGUCAAUUUUACCCCAUCACGCUGAAAGAAGUCAGCAGCAGUGAAGGAAUCCAUCACCCCAUCAGUAAAGUCCGAAGUGUCAUUAUGGUCGUGUUUGCUGAAGACAAAACAAGGGAAGAUCAGCUCAGGCACUGGAAAUACUGGCACUCAAGACAGCACACGGCCAAACAAAGAUGCAUUGACAUAGCUGACUACAAGGAGAGCUUUAACACCAUCAGUAACAUCGAGGAGAUCGCUUACAACGCCAUAUCCUUCACUUGGGACAUCAAUGAGGAAGCGAAGGUUUUCAUUUCUGUGAACUGCCUCAGCACAGAUUUCUCCUCUCAGAAGGGAGUUAAAGGCCUGCCCCUGAAUCUUCAGAUUGACACCUACAGCUACAAUAACAGGAGUAACAAACCUGUCCACAGAGCCUACUGUCAAAUUAAAGUCUUCUGCGACAAGGGAGCAGAGAGGAAGAUCAGGGAUGAAGAGCGAAAGCAAAGCAAAAGAAAAGGCAAGUGCACUGACCCCAGCUCUCAGUUGAAUGCCUUUUCUGAUGUCAAAGUGCCCAUGCUUCCCUCACACAAACGUACGGACAUCACCAUCUUCAAGCCCUUCAUGGAUCUGGACACUCAGCCUGUCCUUUUCAUUCCUGAUGUUCACUUUGCAAACCUCCAGCGUGGAGCUCACGUUCUUCCUGUUGCUUCAGAAGAACUAGAGGGUGAAAGCUCCAACCUGAAGAGAGGAGCUUAUAUUGGUGAAGAGGACUUCAUCGCUACUCCAAAUAAGAUGGCCAGAAUAGAAGAGCCAAAAAGAGUGUUGCUGUAUGUGCGAAAAGAGUCAGAGGAAGUCUUUGAUGCACUGAUGUUAAAGACACCAUCUCUGAAAGGCCUAAUGGAAGCGAUAUCUGACAAGUAUGACGUUCCUUUUGAUAAAAUAGGAAAAAUCUUCAAAAAGUGUAAAAAAGGAAUUCUGGUCAACAUGGAUGAUAACAUUGUGAAACACUAUUCUAAUGAAGAUACCUUCCAGUUGCAGAUUGAAGAAGUUGGAGGAUCUUAUAAGCUCACUCUGACUGAGAUCUAAGAUCACAGAUCCUCUGUGGAUUCUAAACAAAGGUCUCAUGUGAACAUUUUCCCAUAAUUCAGUACAUUGGGCAAAACACUAAUGACCUUCUCCAGAAGAAAGCCAUGUGUUGACUUGUUCUGGGGAGCAGAGCAGUGGUUUUGCUUAAUACAUUUGUGUUUCUGUUCUUGCUCAUGACCUUAUUUGCACUUGAAAUGAGCUAGCAAAGAUCUGCAAUUAAAUGGAGAGCAUGUAUAUAUUUAUACUAGUGUAUAAAACACUAGUAAAUACAGGAGGGUAACACUCCUGGAAGGUGGCCUUUUAGACUGGUGAUAUCUUAUUUAUCUAUUCAGUAACCAUGUUUGAGCCCAUUAUCAGCUAAUACCAUUUUACUGGACUGUUUUCUGCUAGGUAGAGCUGCACAACUACUAAUUGAUACUAGUAGGAGUUGCAUGCAGGUUGGACAAAAGUCUUUAUAAUGUUUACUCGUGACCAGGGCAGACUGUUGAAAUCAUUUGUGUCACUUGGGGGGAACAUAAAACUGCCUUGCUUAUGAAGAA